AUGAGCCCAAAGAGAACUUUCAUUUGGACUGCUGAUAACGGUCAGGCCUUCAGUAAAGUCAAGCAAGCCCUUUCAAGUCCACCUGUUCUCGCUUUAUUCAACCCCACCAUCCCACUGUUCUGCAAACCGAUGCCUCACGUCUGUAUAGUGUUGGCUAUGCCCUCUUGCCAGGACCAUGGUGGUGGACAACUACGUCUAGUUCAGUGUGGCUCGCAAUUCCUGACAGACGCUGAGACACAGUAUGCCACUAUAGAACUGGAACUCCUUGCUGUUGUGUGGGCCAUUUUAAAGUGCAAAUUUUACCUGUUUGGGCUGCAGCACUUAGACCUCAGAGAAGGUUUCAGCAUUCUCCUCCACACAGCAACGUGGCGUGCGGGGAAGGAUUUGUGCAUCCCAGAUGCCCUCUCCUGCUCUCCCACAAGUCGGCCAACACCUGAAGAUGAGCUGUUGAGUGCUGAGACCAGCAUCUAUGUUAGAAGCAUAGUAAUUCUUCAAGCAGUAGAGUCAAUCAGUUGCCCACAAGCUGUCGAGCAAGAGGACCUAGCACUAGAGGAACUCCAGCAAGCAGCUCGCAGCGACCCAGCCUAUAAUGAACUACUACAAGGUGUCCGGCAAGAGAACCUUUACGCUGAUGGGGACCUCGUCCUGUACGGUGCUCGCAUAGUAGUUCCAGCAGCCCUUCGUCGCCGCGUCUUGGCCAGGCUUCACGACAGCCACCGAGGUGCAGAAUCUACCAAACGUCGCGCAAGACAAGCAGUUUACUGGCCUGGUAUUGACUCGGAUAUCACCAACAUUGUCCGAGCUUGCGAGCUGUGCCAGAUCAUGCUGCCCAGUCAACAGCAAGAGCCAUUGCUAUGUGACGAGAACCCCACCAAGCCAUUCCAGUCUGUGUCAGAUGACUUCUUCACCGCAGCAGGGAAAUUCUUCCUUGUCUAUGCUGACCGACUCUCAGGCUGGCUUGCAGUUGUUCCCUACGGUUCAGAUACGACAUCUGCCGCUACCAUACGCCACUUCCGGCACCUGUUUCGGGACCUGGGCGUACCUGUACAUCUCCGAACAGACUGUGGCUCUCAGUUCACUAGCUGGAAGUUCGUCAUAUUCCUGGAGCAUUGGGGAGUCCGCCACUACAAGUCAAUACCUCAUUACCCUCAGUCGAAUGGCCAUGCUGAGGCAGCUGUAAAAGACAUAAAGCACCUCAUUCUCAAGGUGGCCCCCUCAGGGAAUAUCGACUGCGAGGCAUUCGACAGGGGACUUCUUGAGCUCAGGAACACUCCAAACCAGGCCAGAGCCGAGAGCUGUGACCGCCGAGCAGCUGCUCGUGUCCAGGACGCCAGGACUCGCUACGAUGAACGAGCCCAACCACUUCGCCCUCUGGUGUUUGGCGCAGAGGUACGUAUCCAGGACCCUUGCACAAAAAGGUGGGACAAGUUGGGUACAGUUAGGGUAUCGGCAAGUCACGGGACUACCAGAUCCGGUUACCAAGUGGCCGAGUCUGGUGGGAGAAAUCGGCCGUUUCCUCCGCCCAACGAUGUCACCUCCGGCCAGCUCUACUUCGGAGCCGGAGCAACCUACCCCUGCAGCUGA